GGAACCUUGUGAGGGAAAAACACGGUGUCUCUGGGGCUGCUCUGUGUGAGGGGCCGGAGACAUUAGCUGCUUAUUUACCUGAGAGUGACAGACAGUCUGAGUGUAUUGUAGUUCAGUAGAUACAAAUAAAUAGUCACAAACUAAACGGACCGGAAAAAGGGCAGAGCUGAUGGGGAUGAACCAGAGAAGCUGAUUAUCAACUGUCAUUUCAUGAGAGACCAGGAAACAUGGAGGAAAUCCCUAACAACGGUUCAUCCUUCCCCCCAAACGGGACAAAUUGCCCCAACGGGACGCGGUGGAUCUGGAUUGUCCUUGAUGAGUGCACGGCGGAUGCUCGGGAUGAAGCCAGUGUCUACAUGGGGCUCUUUUCCAUCCUUUGCUUCAUGGGGGCCUCCAUCCCGCAGUUCUACACGGCCUGCAAGACAGGCAAGAUGGACAAAGCCAUAUCCAUUUGGUUCCUCUUGGGCUGGACGAUUGGAGACUCUCUGAAUCUUGUGGGGACUUACCUGGCGGAUCAACUUCCCCUGCAGAGAUACACUUCAGCCUAUUAUAUAUUUGCGGAUCUCUUAAUGCUGUGUUUUUACUUCUAUUUCAAAUGUCGGAACCAAAGUCCCAGCUUGUAUGCCCCCAUUAAUGCAGUGUGUGGAAUCGCCUUUUUGGGCUCUUUUGCCACUUUCUCUCUCCUGCAAGAGGCGGGAUCCAGUCCCCUGAAUUCUGCAGAUCCGUUCCACAGCCGCCACCUGCUCUCGACUGAUGGAGAAGAGGAGUAUUCGGUGAAGAACAAGAUUGGCUUUGCUUGUGGCUUAAUGUCCACUUUGUCCUACUUGAUCUCCCGACUGCCUCAGAUCUACACCAAUUUCAAGAGAAAAUCCACAGAAGGUCUGGCCCCGACUCUGUUCCUGCUGGUGAUUGUGGGUAACGUGACGUACGGAGCCAGCGUGUUACUCAAGAACCCAGAGUCCGACCAAUCGGAGGGAACCUACGUUGUCCGGCACCUUCCCUGGCUAACGGGCAGUCUGGGGGCUGUGUUUUUGGAUCUCAUUAUUUUAGGGCAGUUUUUUAAAUAUCGAGGGAGAAGCAACGACUCGUUGGAACGGGAGCCCCUUCUACAGCCCAAGGGCCCCACCUACGCCUGACAGUGAGUUGUCUUAAAGAAACAGCGCAGCUUUUAUCCACCUGGGAAAUGGAGCCGCUCACAGUUGUGGACUUUUUUUUAUUGUACUGCACAAAUACUUGACAAUUCCUGAUUUUAACUUCAGCCAUAUUCACUGUUGGUUUUUAGAUGGUGCUUCACGGGAAGAUCACUGCUCACUCAUUGGACACUAUGCACUUUAGCAGGUCACGUGCUUAGGGAAGAAAUUCCCACCAAUCAGACUGCAAGAGGCAAAUCCUUAUUAAUUCUAUUUGUGUGAUUAUUUUUAUUCUCUUAUAAUACACAAAAGCCAUGAAUAUCUUGUAAAUUAUAUCCUUAUAAACGGUGA